UCUUCAUAUCAAUCCACCUUCAAAACCGUUCGGUAAAUCUGCGUCGUCGUGAAGAAGAAGAAAGAAGAGAUCGAUCGAUCGCGUUUCAUCUUCUUCUUUCUUCUCUGGUCGCGUUUCACCUUCAUCUUCAUCAUGUUCAUCGAGAAUUUCAAGGUUGAGAGUCCGAAUGUCAAGUACACCGAGACUGAGAUUCAGUCCGUGUACAAUUACGAAACCACCGAACUCGUUCAUGAGAACAGAAAUGGUUCUUAUCAGUGGAUUGUUAAACCUAAAUCUGUCAAAUAUGAAUUCAAAACCAGUACCAAUGUUCCUAAAUUGGGGGUAAUGCUUGUGGGUUGGGGUGGAAACAACGGUUCAACUCUCACCGGUGGUGUUAUUGCUAACAAAGAGGGUAUUUCAUGGGCAACGAAGGAUAAGAUUGAACGAGCUAAUUACUUUGGCUCUCUCACCCAAGCCUCUGCUAUCAGAGUUGGUUCUUUCCAGGGAGAGGAAAUCUAUGCGCCGUUCAAGAGUUUGCUUCCAAUGGUCAACCCUGAUGACGUUGUGUUUGGGGGAUGGGAUAUCAGUGACAUGAACCUGGCUGAUGCCAUGGGCAGGGCGAGGGUGUUCGACAUUGAUUUGCAGAAGCAGUUGAGGCCUUACAUGGAAUCCAUGGUUCCACUCCCUGGAAUUUAUGACCCCGAUUUCAUUGCUGCCAACCAAGGUGACCGCGCCAAUAACGUUAUCAAGGGCACUAAGAAAGAGCAAAUUCAACAAAUCAUCAAAGACAUUAAGGAAUUUAAGGAAGCCAGCAAAGUGGACAGGGUUGUCGUCCUGUGGACUGCCAACACAGAGAGGUUUAGUAAUUUAGUUGUGGGACUUAACGAUACCAUGGAGAAUCUCUUGGCUUCCGUGGACAGAAAUGAGGCUGAGAUUUCUCCUUCAACAUUGUAUGCCAUUGCUUGUGUUAUGGAGAAUAUUCCUUUCAUCAAUGGAAGCCCUCAGAACACUUUUGUCCCAGGGCUGAUUGAUCUUGCUAUCAAGAAAAACAGUUUGAUUGGUGGAGAUGACUUCAAGAGUGGUCAAACCAAAAUGAAGUCUGUGUUGGUGGAUUUCCUUGUGGGGGCUGGUAUCAAGCCAACAUCAAUAGUGAGUUACAAUCAUCUGGGAAACAAUGAUGGCAUGAAUCUCUCAGCUCCGCAAACCUUCCGCUCCAAGGAAAUCUCCAAGAGCAACGUCGUUGAUGAUAUGGUCAACAGCAAUGCCAUCCUCUAUGAGCCUGGUGAACAUCCAGACCAUGUUGUAGUAAUUAAGUAUGUGCCUUACGUGGCGGACAGCAAGAGAGCCAUGGAUGAGUACACUUCUGAGAUAUUCAUGGGUGGAAAGAACACAAUUGUGUUGCACAACACGUGCGAGGAUUCGCUGUUAGCUGCUCCAAUCAUCUUGGACUUGGUUCUCCUUGCUGAGCUUAGCACUCGAAUCCAGUUUAAAUCUGAAGCUGAGGACAAGUUUCACUCAUUCCACCCAGUUGCUACCAUCCUCAGUUAUCUGACCAAGGCUCCUCUGGUUCCUCCAGGCACACCCGUGGUGAAUGCAUUGUCAAAGCAGCGAGCAAUGCUGGAAAACAUCCUGAGAGCUUGUGUUGGAUUGGCUCCUGAGAAUAACAUGAUCCUCGAGUACAAGUGAAACAUGGGUAGAAAUAGAAUGUAGUUGGAGUUCUCUAGCUGAAUGCUGAGAAAAUUUGUCUCCUUUUCCCCUAUCGUUGAGAAUGUGUUUGCUAAAUGUUUUCACAAGUGUAAUAUUUUGAUUGUCUUUGCUCCCAAGUGCUCAAUAGCAUAUUUUGCUUUCUAGUGAAGUGAAUGUAUAAAUUUGUGUUCUCA